CCAGGGUCAGGGUCCACAGGGACACCAGACACUGCUGGCACGGGAUGUACUGCACUGUGGUGCUGGGUGCUGCACAGGCAGCCUCCACUGCUCCUCUCCUCCGAGCGCGGCUCCUGGGGAUGGCAAGGCGCACCAUGGCCACUAGCCUGCUCCGCAUCCCCCCACCCCAGGGGCUGCUACGGCCGCUGGCCGUGCCAGAGAGGCUGCUGCUUGGGCCGGGGCCCAGCAAUGUGCCCCGCCGUAUCCUGGCUGCAGGCAGCCAGCAGCUCCUGGGCCACAUGCACCCCGAGGUGCUGCAGGUGAUGGAUGAGAUCAAGGCAGGCAUCCAGUACGCAUUCCAGACGCAGAACCGGCUGACCCUGGCCAUAAGUGGCACCGGCCACUGUGCCAUGGAGGCUGCCCUCCUCAACCUCCUGGAGCAUGGUGACACCGCACUGGUGGCUGUCAACGGCAUCUGGGGACAACGCGCUGCUGACAUUGCCAGGAGGUUGGGAGCCAAUGUCCAUGAGCUGCUGAAGCCCCCGGGCGAGUACUUUGCUCUGUGGGACAUCGAGGAGGGCCUGGGAAAGCACAAGCCCUCGGUCCUUUUCAUCACCCAUGGCGAGUCCUCCACGGGGGUGCUGCAGCCACUGGAGGGGCUGGGCGAGCUGUGCCACCGGCAUGGCUGCCUGCUGCUCGUGGAUGCAGUGGCAUCGCUCGGGGGAGCCCCCAUCUUCAUGGACCAACAGGAGAUCGACGUCCUAUACUCAGGGUCUCAGAAAGUCCUCAACGCUCCCCCUGGCAGCGCCCCCAUCUCAUUCAGUGAGCGAGCCAGGGAGAAGAUGCUGAGGAGGAAGAUGAAGCCCACAUCCUUCUAUCUGGACAUGGGCUGGCUGGCAAACUACUGGGGCUGUGACGGGGAGCCACGAAGGUACCAUCACACGGCACCGAUCAACAGCUUCUUCAGCCUGCGGGAAGGCUUGGCCAUGCUGGCAGAGCUGGGUCUGGAGAGCUCAUGGGAGCGCCACCGAGCCAACUGCACCCAGCUGUGUCAGGGGCUGUGCAACCUGGGGCUUGAGCUCUUCGUGAAGGAGGAGAAGGCAAGACUUCCCACCAUUACCACUCUCAGGGUGCCUGAGGGCUAUGACUGGAAGGAGAUCACAGCCUUUCUCAUGGACAAGCACGCCAUUGAGAUUGCUGGGGGCCUGGGCCCCUCGGUGGGCAAGGUCCUGCGAAUCGGCCUCAUGGGCUGCAACUCGACCAGUGGCAAUGUGGACCGUGUACUGCAUGCCCUGCAAGAGGCCCUUAGGCACUGCCGCCGCAGCAGACUGUGAACACCCCUGCAAAAAGGGGUCCAGACGGGGGGUGUGGCACUCACCCCCAUGCCUGGCUGCAAGCAGCUGGCAGGCAGAGGGACUCUGCUGCGUCCCCAGGCAGGAAGCACUGCAACACCCAGCAACCCAGACCAGAGUGAGAAGAAGCUGGAAGAGCAGGGGACAUGGAGGUGAGGGCUGCAGUUCAGCAAAUAUGGGACGUGGCUCAAAACCCCUUCUCCCAGUCCCCCUCACAGGGUCACUCCUCACCCUGAUGGUCUGGCCCCCCAGCUCCUCCCCUUCCCCUGGCCCCAGGGCAUGGCAGCCCACCACAACCUGACAUGAGGGUUGGAUGAAGGAUCCAACCACAGGUCCCUUCCCCUCCCACCACUCUCACCCUCGGCCGUCCCUGCACCACAGCUCAGCAGCACAGGAUACCAUCUGGCCACCCCAGAUUAGGUGCCCUGGGAUGAAACACCUGCCCUGGCACCCAGCUUUACCAGGGGAGCUGAGAGGCUAUGCAUCCCCACCCAGCUGCAGCAGAUGCGCGCUCACUCCCCAGUACCACCUUUCCUCAAUAAAGCAACAUGGCAGCA